ACCAGCAGUUGCUGAUGCGUUGUUAAAAUGCAGCGUGAUCGAAAAGUCCCGGAAAAGGCGCUCCAACAGGAAGGGUUGAACGAAGAUUCUCACUUUGAAGCCGCAGCUUCACUUUCCCUGUACAAACAAGAACGUCAGCACGAAAGAACAUCAUCAAUGGCUGGAACUGGUAGAAAGCUGGAUGCAACAAAGCACUACGAAAACGAAUCGGACUGUGAAGAUCUUUCCGAUGAAGUAGUGGCGCGGGCUUUAAAGCGCAUCAACGACUCAAACUCAAACUCCAGCAUGGCCGAGAUUGUUUUUCCACCAAAUGCUCCACGUGAUGAGGCAGCAAAGGCAGAGGAAAAUCGUCGAGAAAUCGAAUUUCACGUGGUAGGAAAUUCUCUUACAAAGGCCGUGACGAAGCACACGAGGAUGUGGUUGCUUGGGUUGCACAGUGUUUUCGCUCAUCAGCUGCCUCGAAUGCCCAGAGAGUACAUCAGCCAACUGUUGUUCGAUCCGAAACAUAAGACGCUGGCCUUGAUUAAAGAGGGUCGUCCGAUCGGCGGAAUCUGCUUCCGUACGUUCGUAUCGCAAGGCUUUACAGAAAUCGUUUUCUGUGCCGUUACUAGCAGCGAACAGGUGAAGGGAUACGGCACACAUUUAAUGAAUCAUCUGAAGGAUUACAGCACUCAAAGGGGCAUUAAACAUUUCCUAACUUACGCGGAUGAGUUUGCGAUCGGAUAUUUCAAAAAGCAGGGAUUUUCCAAAGAUAUUAAGGUAGCACGCCACGUGUAUGCUGGAUUUAUCAAAGAGUACGAGGGAGCCACACUGAUGCACUGUGAGCUCCAUCCCAGCUUGAUCUAUACACAGUUCAGCUCGGUUAUACGAAAGCAAAAAGAGAUCGUAAAGGAACUGAUCACUCAGCGCCAGCAGGAGGUACAGAAGGUGCAUCCGGGGCUAACCUGUUUCAAGGAAGGUGUCCGUAGCAUACCGAUCGAAUCAAUACCGGGUCUGCGAGAAGUAGGGUGGCGACCGACCUUCCGAGCACAGCGCACUGCUCGUCCACUAGAGGAAUCGGCUGACCCGGAUAAAUUAGCCAAUUCGCUGAGCGGAGUGUUGCUUGCCGUUCGGCAGCAUACGGCCGCAUGGCCAUUCUUGAAGCCAGUCAAUCAGGUGGAAGUUCCUGACUAUUAUGAUCACAUUAAAUACCCGAUGGAUCUCAAAACCAUGACAGAACGGCUGAAGAACAAAUAUUACGUCACAAGACGGUUGUUCAUGGCUGACAUGGCUCGAAUUUUUACCAAUUGUCGUCUCUACAAUUCUCCAGAAACGGAAUACUACCGCUGUGCCAACACUCUCGAACGGUACUUUCAAACCAAAAUGAAAGAAAUCGGUCUAUGGGAUAAAUGAUGUCCACUAAACAAUAUCGAUCGUGGAAGACUACAUGGAACAUGCCAGGAAGACGACGAUUAUGAUGAAGAGGAAGAUAAUGAUCAGAACGAUAAGGAUAACGAAAAUGGCACGGACGAAGACGAAGCAAGUGCUAGCACGGUAGCCGACGCCGUGGCUGCCGGCAGUACCAAAAAGGAUACCACUCAAUGUCCACCCAGUUUAGUGGGUGAACAUCGAAAAAAUUACAAAAAAUGCGUUGCUAAUGAUGACCGUCGGUAUGGUUUCCAAUCGUACGGAACCAUGUACAGAAAAUCGGAUGCGAAGAGUAGUUAUGGAAGAAAGAGUGUACCAGGUGUCGUUGGUCCAUCACGACACGUUACCAUUUCAGUUGCUGGCUCAGUGCCCGGAACGCUGGGAAAGGAAGAUAUACUCAACAUGCCAGUGGUUGGCUUAGAAAGCGACAACAUUGGAACUGAAAGAGUAACAAUAGGACACAGUAAAUAAUAUUAUGAAAUAGUUGAAAACUUUCCACCAGAACCACACAUGUAACAUGGAAUAGCUUGCUGGAUCCUCUCUUCAUUGGUCCAACGCAUACACCUUGAAAACAAUAUUACGAAUUUUGCAUUUUACAUGAAAGCUCCAAAUAAAACAAAUAUAAUGAAUUCAAAAA